AUGGCCGGUUUCGCAUACCUGCAAGAGGUCUUCCUCUUCCUCAUAGACCCCUGGCUCUUCAUGCUCGAAUCCCUCAAGCAUCUCCCCCCCACCAUCUUCUCCCUCCUCCUAGCCGGCCACCUCACCACCCUCCUCCACCCCUCCCGCCUCCAGUCCGCCUGGUUCGGCCGCUUCUGGGCCUCCGCCGCACCAGGCGUCCGCGAGACAGGCGAGGCCCGCGUGAUCCCCCUCCUCCAAGGCCGCGUAUCCGCCGGCCGCGUCCUGUCCCCCGCCGCCGCCGCCGACGACGACGACAAAGACAAAGCUCGCGCCUCCCCCGUCAGCGGCGUCGUCCUCGAGGUAGGGCCCGGCACGGGCAUGUGGGCGUCCGUCUUUGCACACCCGGCUCUCCGCCCGGGCAUCACCAAGGUCUACGGCGUCGAGCCCAACACCGCCCACCACGCCGAGCUGCAGCGCCGCGCCGCCGACGCCGGCUUGUCGGGCAUCUAUGAGGUGGUUCCCGUCGGGAUCGAGGACCUGGCCGCCAGCGGCAGGGUGCAAAAGGGCAGUGUGGACUGCAUCGUGUCGAUCCUGUGCCUAUGUAGCAUCCCGGACCCGGAGGAGCACGUGAGGCAGCUGCAUGGCUACCUCAAGGAGGGCGGGAGGUGGUUUGUCUAUGAGCAUGUGCGAUGCGAGAGCGAGAGGAUGAGGGAGUCGGGGCUGGCUAUGAGGGUCUAUCAGGCCUUUGUCAACCUCUUUUGGCCACACCUCCUUGCCGGCUGCGAGCUCUGCCGCAACACCCCCAAAACGCUCGUCGAGGCCGGGUCCUGGACCACCAUCGACCUGGCCCAGCCCGAGGGCGAGCCUUGGUACCAUCCACUGCCGCACAUCCUCGGUACCCUAACCAAAUGA